AUGGCGUCCAAUCGAUGCGUUACUUGCGCUAUCCCAGUCAAGUACCUGUUCACUGAGUACGGACAAGAUAACUUCGUCUUGGAGAUAUGCCCAAAUUGCAAAAGAUUCACGGAUCCAUACAUCGAACAAUCUUCAAUCAUCUUGAUCUUGGAUUUGUUUCUACUGAAGCCGCAAGUCUACUACCAUCUCCUGUUCAACUCGAAGCAUUCGUUCCAAUCAUUCAAUUCGCAGCUUCCUCCAUCAACUCCUACGUUAUCUCAUCUCGCCUCCGAUCAACCAAGAUCUUCUAAUCAAGUCGAUCACCAGAAUCGAAAAGCCUGCAAGCGGGUUCAUUUGCAAUUGUCUGGCCUUAUUUAUUGUUUGAUUCUGGUUUUGGAAUCGAGUUUCCAAGCGUUGGACGAAGCGCAAUCUGUCGAGUUAUUUCUUGAUUCAAAUCCGGUCAAGCAGAUAAUGAUGAAACUCCUUGGUCUGCUGUUCCACAUCUUUAAUUUAGUUUUUACUGCGACAAUAAUCUCGAGAGUUGUCAGUUAUGGAGGAAGUUACCAGGGCCUAGAUCCGAUCAAACAGGGUAUCCUAAACUCUAUCCAAGGAAUUAUCAUCUCCCUUUCUCCGGGGAUAGUGUUAUAUUCGACGAUCAUGAUUUUCCAAAACUCCUAUGGAACUCGACCUCCUCCGCCGUUAUUUUCUCCGACCGAGAACGUCUAUUCAUCCCACGUUCUUCACUUCCUCAGAGCCCAUCUGGGAUACGACGUUUCCGGGAUGCUUGAUGGUCUUGUGGGGAUCGAUAUGGACCAACUUGGCUCAACCAAACUGAAACGGCUCUUGAUCCGAAACUUGAUGGGAAGUCUCAGCUGCUCCGUAGGGAUCGCUGCCUCCUUUGCUCAAUCUUGGACGUUCGGAUUCCUCGUCUUGUGCUUCUGCUCGAUUCUGAAGAGACUACUUGCACAUCUGCUCCACCAACUCGAUCUUUUGAGUCCUUCUUAA